AUGAAAAAGUCUAUGAAAAACAUUAAAUUGAAAUUAAGGAAUAAAAAGAAAAAAGGAAACUUUGUCUCGUUUUAUGAUAGAAUUAAAGAAAUUAACGAAAAAGAAAAACUAAAUUUAUGUAGUAUAUUAAGUGGAGAAAACUAUGAUGACAACUUCGUGUCGCACAAAAUAAGCCCCGAAUCCAAGGACUCUGAAUAUCUAAAAAGGACCAAUUUUUACUCAGCUCUUCAGGAGUAUCCCCAAAAUUGCCACAACAGUGACUUCAGAAAAUGCUGCAGAGAACUGCAACCAUAUGCAAAAAAUUUAAUGCUAAUUUUGCUGAAUAAAGAUAGAAUUUUUGGGAUAAUUUUAAAAUAUAUACAUAGUAGUAAAAUCCAGAAUGACGAAGCUUAUUUUUAUAAACUACUGGUUAUAUUGAUAAAGGACUUAAAAGAUGAAAGUAAAAAAUAUGUAGAACAUAUAUUAAAAAUAUUAUAUGACAAAAUUAAUUUUAAUAAUUUAGAUUUAUUGGAAGAAAUAUUUAACACAUAUGCAAACAUAUUUCGAAUAAUGAAUAGAAGAAUUAUUAAUAACGUGGAUAAGUAUAUAAAAAUAUCUUUACCAUUAUUACAUCACAGGAACAAUAUAGUAAAAAUUUUUAUUGCUGAUAGUUUUUCUUAUUUAUUGAGAAAAUUAUCUUUACACAAUUUAAUAGUAUGUUUUCAAAAGUUGUUUUCGUUUUUCAAUUAUGUAAAAAUGAACAAAUUAGGAUAUUAUUGUGAAACAAUUAGUCUACUAAUGCUCGAAGCUUUAAAAGUUGACAAAAACAAAUUAUCAAAAAAGACAUUACCUUUUUUGAAAUUUAUAAUUUACUCUGUGUUUUUAAAAGAAACUUAUUAUUGCAAAGAAAGUGAAAAUUAUUAUGAUCCAAUUGAAUACACAAACCGUAUUAAAUUUUUAGAGAAAGCUAUAGCAUCAUUUUUUAGAGAUUUAUAUAAUUUUACAAAAAAUGGAACGUUCGAAUUUGUGGAAAUAUUUUUAACUUUUAUUUUGAAAAAUUAUUCCCUCUUGUAUAUCAAGUACUACACCGAUCUGUUAGUUGUAUCAGACCAAAUUACAAAUAUCUUACAUUUGUUAACUGGUCAAAAGGAUCCAAAAGUACUCAAUUCGAAUUUUCCAGUUUCAGCCAUUCCAGAGGGGAAUAAUAAUACCAACCAAGAAAUAGGUAUAGAGAAUAAUUGUCAAUUUUGGAAUGACAAUGGAGCAGAAACUUCUCCCAAUUUUUACAUAAAAAAUGACAAACAUGAUGGAAGUAUCAUAUUAGGGAAGUGCAACAAUAUAGUAAAUGAUGAUGAAUCACCGUUUUGUGAUGCUAACAAGAAAAUAUUUUUUAUGAAAGAAAUUUUUCAUAAGUCCACAAAUUUUUUUUUAAAAAAAAUAUUAAAUAUUUGGAUAGAAAAAAAUAAUGAAAAGAAAAAUAUCAUAAUGGAAACUACUCUGGGUGAACUCAGUAAAUAUGCACAACGUAUGAAUAAUUUAAAAUUAAAUUAUAUUACAUAUUUUUAUAUAUGGAAUAUUUACGAUAAUAUGUUCUUUUUACUGAAUCAUGAUGUAGUUUCUAAUGAAGGGUUAAAAAAUAUGUACAUUUCACUUGUCAACACAUUUAUGAACAUUAUGACCGAACAACAAGAAGAACAGGAUAGGUAUAAUAAAACUAUUCAUAACAAUUUUUGUAAUUCUCUAUUUUGUUGUUUCAUUCUAAAAUUGGAUGAAGUGAUAAGCAGAAAAAAUCAAGGCGGCUAUGAUAUUCACAUGAACAAUUUUUUGAGACAUAUAUUUGUCAGCAUAACGAAGGAUGUCCAAAAUACAGAUAUAUUUCUACUUGAGCAAAUGUGCCAUAUGUUUGACGAACGGCAGGGGUUAGAUACAUCAAAGGAAUUGACAACGAAUGAAAAUACAUGGAACGAAAUUGGUUCUAAUAAAUUCUCCCACAAUUUUAAUGACAAAUGGUCCCAAAAUUUCACCAAUUUGUGCUUGGGAAAAAUGUUGGUUCUAUAUGAUAUUUUAAAAAUAGUAACAAAAAGAGGAAGAAAUAGUUUAAUCCAGAUAUCUCAUAAAAGGACAAGUUGCACUGAGGUGGAGAGUGAGGACAACUACAAGAAGAAACGGAAAAGCACCAAUGCAUGCAUAGAUGAACCAACGAAAAACUACAGUUCCAGUUGUGAGCCAAUUUAUAUCAUCAAUGAGAAUAAUACAGCAUGUAACAGCAGUAGCCAAUGUGAUUCUGCAACACAAAUAAAAACUGAGCUUCAGAAUUUAUUCUUCUUCAUCUUUGAAAAAGUAAAAAUGAUACUUAUAAUUAUAAAAGGAAUAAAUAAUUAUUUGAAUAUAGAAAAUUCCUUAAGCGUUACAAAUUUGGAAGAAGAUGUUUCAUCAAACGAACAAGAGAAGUACCUUCAAUUAGUAAUACAAUUUUUAUUUGCAUAUGUUAGUCUAUUAACAGAGAUAAGCACAGUCAAUAAUAGUAUAUUACUGAGAUGUAUACAAUGUAGUAGCUAUAAAAAUGAGGAAGAUAAUUACUUUGACACAUUUAGAAAUAUAUGUGAUAAUGUAGAGAAAUUGAAAUGUAGUAAUUUCGUACAAAAGAAAUUUAAUAAAGAAAACCUUUUUAAUAUGAAAUUUUAUAUGAAUAGCAUUAUACUGGAUGCAAAUAUUAUAAUGACCACUUUAUCAAAAUGCAUACAAAAUGACAGAACAAUAGUUGAAAAUGUGCUUUCAAGUAAUAACACGUUUUUAUACAACUGUUUAAGCAAGUGGAAUAGGCACGAUAUGUAUUGUGGCAACUAUUUUAAUAAAAUAAAAAACAUACUUAUGAAUUUACACGAAAUGAAAUAUUUCGAAAGUAAAAUGGAUGAUAUAUAUUCAUAUUUGAAAGUUCUGAAAAAACUGUUCUUUUUCUGCGAUAUAGGAAAUAGGAAAGAGUUUCUACAAAUAAUCAAAUUCUUAAUAGGUAUAUUUAUUGAACUAAAAAAUAUGAAUAAAAGUUAUACUACAAAAGAACAUGUUAAUGUAUCGGAAAGAAUUAACUUUACAUGCUAUGAUAAGCUUCUCCCACUUUUUGAUUGCAUGAUAUAUUUAGAAAAUCAAAAAUAUAUAGCAACACACGAAAAAAUAUAUGAAUCCAAAAUUGUGGACAUAGUAAAUUAUUUAACAUUUUUCAAAAAUUUUAACAUUUUAAAAGAAUAUGUGUUGAAAGUGUCUAUCAAAAUAUGUAUUGUCGAAUUAUUUAUGUUAUUAAAUGUCAAUUUGGUAAGCAUUCAUAAGUCCGUUAUUGUUCACAUGAAAAGUUUUAUGCGUUCAUACAGUAUCGAAAAAAAAGUGGACGAUGAAAAAAGUUAUUACUACCAAUUGGAUUACUACUUUUACAUACUAAAUGGCAUAUUCAAAAUGAGUAAGAAAAAGCUGUACGACUUGGAGGGAACCCUGGGGAGGAAAAAAGCGCAAGCUGGUGAAUCCGUGAGUUAUAGCCAUGAGGAAGUCUCAAGUUUUGCUGAGGGGAAAGAAGCGGACGAAGAGGAAGUGAGCCAGGAAGAAGUGAACGAAGAAAAUGAGGACGAGAAAAAAGUAGACGAAGAAAAUGUGGACGAGAAAAAAGUGGACGAGGCGAAAAAGCAGAAGGAACAGAAUGCCAUGGACACGUUUACCCACCAUGUCGAUUUAAGGAACUUCAUUUUGCAUAGCAUAGAUGAAUGUGAAAAAGAAAUGCGCCAGUAUCUAUAUGUCAAAAAGACCAUGGACACAUCCCCUUGGUCAGGAGUAGAAAAUGUGAAUACAGAAAAUGCCUUCAAAAUUGUGUUAAUGUCUCUUGAUAUGUUGAUAGUUCCUCAAGCAAAUAGUAUUAACAGAUCGUACAAAAUAAGAAUUUUAGACAUGUACAUUUGGAUAAUGGAAUAUAUUAACAAUAGUCUUAUCUACUAUGUACACGAGUUAAAAUAUUAUAGCAUGAUGAAUGUUCUAUUCGACAUCACUAGUAAUUUGAAUGAUUUGUUUCAAGGGUACAGAGAUGACACUACAAAUUCAAUAUCAUCUGCAUUUAUUAUGAACUCUGCUAAAUCCCAAAUCAAUGAAAUUAAGUUGUGCAUAAAAACUUUUGUUACCAAAUUUAUGCACAAUAUGAACAUUUUGAAGAUUCCAAAUAUUUUAAAGUUUGUACAUAUUCUUUGCUCAUGCAACAAAAAAUUAAACAAUUACAAAAAUGAUAUUGAAGAAAUAUUGUUAGAAAAGAAUGUUAAUAUCACAAAAUUAUUGUUAAAUAUAAAAGAAGAAGAUAGCAACAUUAUUACCCCCAUCUUGAUAAAAAUUAUUUUUUGCAUAUUAAGAAAUAAAAUGAAAAAAGGAAAUUACAAAUUAAAGAAAAAUAUAAUUUUUUAUUUGUCGAGCAUUUCUUGUGAAAACUAUUGUCACAUACUUAUAUCAGUUAUUUAUCCAUUUGUAAAUGUAUACAAAAGCAAAAUUGACUACAACAAUUUGCUUAGGCAUGGAGACAAAGAAAAGGUGUUAGUAAACUUUCUUCGUACAUGCCAAGGGAAAUUUUCGAACCAUUGGAAUUAUGAAUUUGAUGUGAUAAAUAUGAACCUGAAAAAUUCUAAUAUUAAAAGCAUGAAUAAAUUAACCUUUCCCUACGAUGACAUAUUUAAUUAUUCUAGUUGGCACUUCAACGAUUAUAUAAUUGAAAUAAAGAAAGACGCACUUUUUAAAAAUUUUCAUUUCAGUAAAAAUCUUAAUCUAUUUAUUGAAAUGUUAAAAAUUAUGAAGUACAAAUUGAACAACUACUUCGAGUUUUUUUUUCACGUAUUUGUCACUAUAUCAUAUUACAUCAAUGGGUACUACUAUAUAAAAAAGAAGGUCAAAUCAAGGAGUAUAUAUUUAACAGUUAAAAAAAUGAAUUUCAGAAAAUACAAAUUCUCCACCUGUUCUGCUAGUCAUGAUUUAUGCUCAAAUGAGGAGAAAAUACAGAACGUCGAAGCGCAUCACAUAAUUAGAACUUCAGGAAAAAACAGAGAAGGAGAAAACGAGAGCUAUAUCGAUGGAGAGGACUAUUAUCAGUACCACCAUAUUCAUCCCUCCAAGGAUGAAGAAUGUACAAACACAGUUGAAGAAAACAUUGAACUUAAAAUAAAAAACUCCUAUUUGAAGAAUGUUAAUAAGAAAUGUAUUGAGCAUAUUCAGUUCAUUAUGCAGAACUAUGAAAUUAUGGAAGACAAUUUGAUGAAGGCUAAAGAUUUCUUUACCUUUUUAUUCUACAAAAAUGUAAAAAUAAUGGGGAAACAAAAUGGAUUUCUUAACAUUUUAUUUAAUAUUUGGAGCAAAAACGAAUCAUAUCAUGAUUUUUACAAUAGUAUAAUACCCAAUUCUAUAUUGGUUCUAAUUAAAUCCAUAAAUAACAAAACAGUUAUUGAUCGAUUAAAUUAUAACGAAUGGAAUAAUAUCACUGAAAAGAUAUUCAGUAUUAUUCUACGCUUAUGUGGUUAUAACGAUAUUGCUUUAAACGAUUUUGAAUUACACAAGGAUGGUAGUGCAAUCAAAAAAGAACAAAAUAAGAAAAGCAGGAAACAUAGGGUAUCGCAAAAUCAAUUAAUAAUGAAAAAGUGUUCUGAUAUGUGUAUGUCGAAAAGUAUGAAGAUAUUAGAGCCAUUCAUUUUAGAUAUUAUAAUAUGCAUUAAAAGGACUAUUUUAAGAAGAUACACAAUUUUGUUAGCGCAAAAAAAGAAUGGAAUUACAUUUGGUAGAAGAAGUAAAAUAGAUGAAUUAAAAAUUCUUAACAAUAAAGAAUUGCACAUAUUAAUUGAAUUAUCAUCUAUGAAUAAAAACCAGUUAUACAACAUGCAUGUUAUGAAUAUAAUUAUGACAUUUGUGCUAAUCAACGCAAAGUCUUUACAUAGUACAAAUCCUGAACAUAUUCAAAAAAUAAAACUAAUAUUAAUAGCCUUAAAGAGAUUAAUUAUUAAUAUUUCAAAAGGGGAAAAUGAACUAACGAAUUGGAGGCAAAAAAAUAAAAAGUGGAAUUUGUCUUGCUACAAAGAAAAAGACCAUGCUUUACACAGCCAUGCACAUCUACCUCAAAUGAACAACGAAAAAAAAGAUAAAAAAAGAAUAAAAAAAGGCAUAUGCUUAUCUAAGUCACACUCUAUCAAACACUUACACAAAAUGUACAUAUGUUACAAAUUAAAAACAAUGGUGUACGAAAUUGUGCAAAGAUGUUAUGAUAUAACAUGUAGGAACAUCGCAGGAGAACUUUUAAUUAUGGUUGGAUGUAUCUUUCUAAAAAUUAGAAAUAUAAACAAAUAUUUACAAAAAUUUAAAAAAAAUAUGGAGCUAUUUUUAAGAGAAAAUAAUGACCUAAAUUAUAACUCGAAAGGAGUUUUAAAGCACAUUAUGAAAAUUCCAUUAAGAAAUGAUGAAAUAAAAAAGAGCAACUAUUAUUAUACGUUUCUUCAGAUCACACAAAUUUUUUGUGCUAUGAAUAUUUCUAUUGAGAGAAUUUCACAACAUGAGUAUGAUGCGGAUGCACAAUUUCUAAUUUUGCUGGAUUUAAGCAAUGUUAAAAUGUCGAAAGUUAUAAAUAAUUAUGCGCAGAAGAGGGGUGUUAAGAAGGACAAUUACAAAACGACUAGUGUGUGCAACCAACCGGGUUCAUUUCCCUCAGGGAAUGAACAUACAAACCAGGUAAUAAAGAACAAAAAUGGAGAGAUCAAGAUGAAGAAGAUGAAGCGCCAAGAACUUACAUUCAGCCACCUAUUUUUAAAUAGCCAUAUUAUAUUUUACGAAGUUAUAGUAAGACACUGCGCAUUUUUAAUUUUCAACGAAAAGACAAAUGAAAUGGUAAGGGAUAAAUCUAUUCAGUUCAUUCUGUUCUUUAUAAAAUUGUUGAAGUGUUUAUUACAAGCAUAUGAAAAAGAUGAAACAAAUGAUAGAAAUGUUAGGAAUGAUAAAAAUGACAAAAAUGAUAGAAAUGAAAAAUAUUCAGACAAUUCCAACCUUGUGAGAGAUAUUAGAAUUUGCACACACUUUGUUGUAAAUAUUAUAAUACCCAAAGCGCUGAAUGCACUAAAGAAGAAUGCAAACGAUUUUACAAGAAUUUCUCUCCAAAUUAUUCUUACUGCCUCGAAGCAUGUCUGCCCCCAUAUGAAGAUACUGAGGAAGUUAAACAUUGGUUCCUUUUUAAGAGAUGUUAAAAAUUCCCUAAUAAGAAAUUAUGUAUUAAAUGAAAAUGAUAAUUCUUUAUUAUGUUUUAACGCAGUAAAGACAAAACAUCAUGAGGAAAGUUACAACAGAGAAAAUGGCAACAACUAUGGAGAAGAUGAAACGAGCAGUAAAAUUUUAGAAAAGUUGUUGUUUCACGAUUUAUAUUACAACGUAAUUGAAAAUUUUCAUAAGAAUAAUUCUCAGGAUAAAGGGAUAAAAAAAAGAGAGAAGUAUAAAGAAUGUUCAAUAAUUCAAAAUAUAAUAGAUAUAAAAUCAGAAAACAAUUCGAAAAGUGUAGAAAAAUUAGUUAUGAUUACCCCAUAUUUAUGCUUCUACACCAUUUCUAAGAUUAUUAUACCACUAUCGUUAAAUUAUAUUUUACAAACAAAUUCUAAGAAAGAAACAUACAACAAAAUUCUCAGCUCAAAUAGUAUAAAAUUACUUGGGGCAUGCACCGAAAGGGUAGGAAUAAAAAUAGUUUAUAACUUAUUAGAAUUAUUGCUCUCAGAGCUGAAAAAAAAUUCCUUUAAUAAAUUAUACAUUGAAAAGGCAAUAAGCCAUAUCGUGAGAACGUACGAUUUUAGAGAAUUUCAGGAUUACCAUGUGGAGCAUAACUGUGACCCCAGAAGCGAAGGAAAAAGAAGGAAACGUGGGGAAAUAGCCCAUCCAAUCAGAAAAUUUUCGAAAGAACUUCAAAACUAUGGUAAGGAUGAUAGCGUUGUAUACGUGACUGAAAAGAAUCAAUUUGAAUCUAACACUAUGGAGGCCAAACUGGAGGAAGCCAAACUGGAGGAGGCCAAAUUGGAGGAAGCCAAACUGGAGGAGGCCAAAUUGGAGGAAGCCAAACUGGAGGAGGCCAAAUUGGAGGUAGCCAAACAGGUGGAGGCCAAAUGCAUGGGAGAAACCAACACACAGAACCCGUUUUGCCACAAGUUCAUCAAACGUAUACUUCCGCAGCUAAAAUUUUUAAUGUUUGACAAAUCGGCGAUGAAUAAUAAGAAAAAACAAAAGAGCUACAUAAACGAUUUGGUUGUGGACUAUAAAAACAAAGAAGCAAUAGCCAAAUCAGACCUUAUCAUAUCUUUUUUAGUAAUUUUAAACAAAAUGAAUUACAAUUUUGAGAAAGAGUUGCACAGAAUAAUAUACAAGUUAUGCUUUUGUUUAUCAUCCAAAAUUAACAAUGUAAGAAGCGAAUCGAAAAAAACAUUAUGCUAUAUUUCCAUGUAUCUAGGAUUGAAUUACUUCGAUUUGAUCAUUAAGCAAAUGUCGGAUUAUCUAACGAAGGGAUAUCAUGUACCAAUAUUUUUAUGCACGGUUAACUCCAUCCUAGAAUCGGUGUUAAACGAAAAGGAAAAAUUUUUAGACAAAAAUUACUUAAAAAUUGGCUUUAACACAUUAAACGAAGGAAAUUUAAGAAAAUCCAAGAAAAUUUACCCCGGAUUCUAUAACAGAAGUAGUGGCACUUCACACAUCGGUGGUAGAAAUAAUAACAGGGAGGGUAAGUCUCACUCGAGCAACCCACUAGAUUAUAGUAGUGCCCUACACGAUACACUUUGUAGCAACAUUUUUAACAUGGUUAAAUUAGAAAUAAUAAACGAAAUUGAUAAAAAUACAGAAGAUGUUAAUAAGAAACAUAUAAAAAGAAAAACAAAAGAAAGCAAAAAAACAUAUGGAAAAAAUAUUAUCAAACUGUUAACAAAUAUAGUACCAGAAAAAUGUAUAGAAGAUAAUGUUUUGACAUUUUUAGAAAGUUUAUUUAGUGGUGAAUCAUUCGAAAAUUAUGAAGUUGAUAAAAAUUUUAUAUUUAAGAAAAAAUAUUUUUUUAUCAUUUCUUCAUAUUUUAAUUAUUUUGUAAAAGGAAUAGAAGAGAAUAAAAGUUUGUCUCCAAAAUUUAUCUUAAAUAUUACGUAUAAACUAUUCACAAAAUCAAUUUAUUUUUUCAGAGGAGAUAAUUAUAAAAAUUUACUAGCUGUUAUGCAAAAUUGUAAAAUUCUGUUUUUUAAAUAUAACAUGUCUAACGAAGCAAUACAUAGCUUUGCUAGUUUCAAAAAAAGUAUUCAAUUUUAUGUAUCUUUAAAAACAACGGAGGAAAAGUGCUUAGGAUUUAAUUACCAAAAUAAAUGUAUUCAAUAUCCUAUCAAAGGAAAUAAUAAUAUGAACAUUAUACAAGGAUCAUUUCAGGAGAAAAACAUAUAUGAUGCUAUAGGAGAGACAAAAAAAUUUGAUUUUCAAGUACAUGCGCAGGUUCUAGCGAAGGUUUCACUGAAAUUGUUAUUCCACAUGAUUAAGCGGGCGUCUAGUUUGUUUAAUGAGGGGGGAAACCUAACCACCUGUUUAAGAACUUCAAAUGGAACUUCUAAUCGAAUAUUAAGAAUUAGUGAAGAAAGAGAUUCAAUGGAUAAUGUGAACGGCGAUUUUCGUAAUGACUGUGAUAUCGAUAGAAUGAAAAUUAACAAUAAUCUAAAUGGAGUAAUAAAUGAAGUGCCAAAUUACCCUUCUAUUUAUACUACAAUUAAUGAUAUAUCGACUAAAGAAAAUACUAACAUUCAGAAGGAGCAAAAAAGUGCAAACCACAAUGACAAAUUAAAUAUUGUAGAACAUAUUAAACCUAUUCACGAAAAAAUAAAUUCCAAAAUAGUAAGUUGUGAUUAUUACCCCUUUACGAACUUCCCCGAAUUUAUUCGUCUAAUUGAACCCCUGCUUGUCUACUGCUUCUGCUAUGGUAAGGAAGAUGUAUUUGUGUUAUCAUCCAAGUGCAUUAAAAUUAUUAAGAAAAAAAAAUUAUGCGAUUUCAGAAAAUUUGGAAAAUUAAUAAUUUUAUCAUCCGUUGACAUAUUGAAAAAUAUACCCAACUAUUACAGUAAAGAAUUUGACAAACUGAUAUUGUCCUGCAUUGAUGCAUUGACAUACUUAAUAAGAGGUAAUAAUAAAAAUGAUAUUAUUUCUUGGCUAAAUUCUGAUUUAUCCAAUCGUGCUAAUCCUAAUGAAAAUGUCGAUAAUUGCCCAAAUCAGAGCCCUAUUUCGAAGAACAAGAAAAGAAUAGAAGAUACUUCAAAGGGAAAAAGUUGUCAUUCACAGAAAGAUAAUGCACAUAGUCUUAAACGACAGAAAAAACUGAAUUAUUUACUUGACGAAAAUGUUCUUUCUACAUAUUACAAUAAUAAUGAGGAGAACGAAGAUGGAUGUGAUUCAUAUGAAGAAUCGACAAAUUCAUUAAGAUAUUGCUUAAUUAAUCAGAUAUCUCUUCUACUGGAAAGUAAAAAUCAUGUAUGGGAGUUGUUAAUAUUGUUCAAAAAUUGUAUGCUACGAGAAGAUAUAAACAAUAUCAUCAAAAAGGGUUAUAUUAUAUUAAAAAUGAAUAGCUGCGUUGACCAGAUAUUUACAAUAAUGAUUGAAGAAUCUCACAAUUUGAAAUUAUCAUUUCUGUGUGGUCAGAUUUAUAUCGAUUUUUUAAUGCGUUUUCCUAUAUCAAAAACAGAAAAAAAAAAAAAGUUUUUUCAAAUAUUAAACAAUUUAAAUGAUGAAAAUGAUGAUUCGAGGAUUGCAAUAUUGAAUGCUUUGUAUGUAUUUCUUAACAGAGCUAACGCAAAGUUAUUAAAAGAAGAAUUUUAUUACAUUACGUUUGCUAGCAUUUUAGCUCAUUUUUCUAAUGAAACAAAUUACAAAUGUAAGAAAAUGUAUAUAUUCCUAACCACUUUGCUUUUCCAACAAGUAAAUGAUUUGAUAUAUGUUUUUAAUUCGUAUAAAAUUUUAAAGCACAAUUUGUUAUUUUGUAAAAAGGCCUCUUUUACCUACACAUACCUGUAUAUAUUGCCCAUCUUUGCGUCCAUUUUUUUUGAACGAAUUCCAUUGUACGGGAAAAUGAUUUUAAGUGACGACAAACUAGCGCAGGAUGAGCUAAGGCUAGUAUCGAAGGAGUAUCAAAAAAGUAGGCGCGAGAAGAUAAUGUUCUUAAAAUUGCAGGAAAGGGAUACUAGUAGAGAAAAUUACGAAACCUUCGAAAAAGGUCAAAAUAGUCAAGGUGAAUUGAAUGAAAGAAAUGUAUAUAACAUCAACGAAACAAAUUCGUCAAACCAGGUCGAUACUAUUAGAAAUUAUUUCAUAAGCGAAUUAUUGAAAAGUACCAAAGGAAACAUGAAUAAGUAUAACCAAAAUGGCAACAACGAGUUACUUACCUCUCCACAUGAUAUCAACAUCAUUUUUAUGAAAAAUCAGUUAGAAGACCUGUUCUUAUCAUUCAUCUAUCAUUUAAUUGAUACAAGAUGCUCUGAUAUAAAGGAAUUUAUGAAGGAAGACAAAUUAUCCUUUCAUAUUAUUACUUCAGUACAAAAUAUUACCUAUUUUUGUGGUAAAUAUGAUAUAUGUGGAUAUAUGGGCAAAGAUUUAGUACACCUAUUUUACAAAUCACUGGAGCAAAUAUUUUCCUAUAUGGAUAUAGACAUUAUAGAAAAUUUAGUGCAUGAAAAAUAUGCUCAUGAAAUGUACAAGUUAUACUUUUUAAAGAAGGGUCAUUUGAAAUAUGUCAAUGGAAGUGACACAAAUGUUGAGAAUAAACAGGAUCAUUACACUGUAAUUAAUGGAGAGACAAUUCAUGAAAAAUUAAUUUUAUACUUUUUAUACUUCUGGAAUUUGAUAAUACAAAACGGAUUAUUUAAUAAAAAUCCAUAUGUGCAAAUAAUAUCGUUAAAAAUAUCUCUGAAUUAUAUAGAUAAGAAAAUGGCAUAUCCAUUUUUUCCAUUGCUAUUAGUCAAGUUAUUUUCUACCAAUAAAUUUGUGAUAAACCUGAUUUUAAAAAAAGUCUUAUCUCUACUUUUAAAUUCGUAUUUUCUCGAACAUUUCUAUAUAUAUCAUAAGGAUAUCAGUUUUCUGCUUGCAAAAAUUUGCAUAUUAUUGGUGAAAUUUCCAUGGAUUACAAACGGGCUUGAUGACAAAAAUGACGUUAAAGAAGCAAGUUACGAAAAUUACUACUCAGCAAGUGAUGAGAAAACAAAUUAUCCCAUUAUUUCACAUAAUAAUAAAGAUACAGAUCACUUACCCAUGAGCUUUAUACCAAACAGUACUACACCUGGUGACCCAUCAAAACAUAACGAAAGGAAUGACCAUUCCAGUGACUCAAGUAAUGAAGAAUAUGAUGAAGAGUUCAAAAAAGUUAAUUCAAUUUUGGAAAACGGACAUAAUUUGGAAAUGACUAAAAAUACAUACAACCAUUCAUUCAUCCAGCCACACAAUCAUACUAGUAGAAUAAUGACAGAAAAUUCAAAGAUUACCAAGGAAUUGCUUUCUUAUAGCAAAUUUUUUCUGGUCAUCGUUACCCUAUCACGUGCCAUAAACAUACAUUUAAUAAAUAAAAAAAAAUCAUUUGCAAGAAUUUUAACUAUAUUGCAGACAUACAAAAAUAUAAUUCAAGAUUUUCCCGAAGAUCUUUGGUCUCCGGAGAACGAGAUAAUUAAUAUUGUUCUUUCUUCCUUAUACAAAAUAGCCUCUAUGUUUAAAAGGAAAUUAUUUGUUCAGGAUGAAAAUAUUUUCGAAGAAACCAACUCAUACAAUAAGUUUGUUUAUUUAUCGAGCUACGCUUGGGAUAUUAUUUCACUUCUGGAAGAAAAGUUGCAGAACAAAAGAGGCACUUUCAAUAAGGCCUUUGUUCAAGCGAGACAGAGGAUCAACAGAAUCAGGUUUAUUAAGAAAAGAAGGAAAAAUAUCUUAGCCUUGAAAAAUCCCAAAUUAUUUACCUUAAAUAAAUUAAAAAGGAGAGAGAAAAAAAGAAUGGAAAAGAAGAAGAACAAAAUGGAUUUUUAG